ACAUGCCGACUCCUCCUUCCUGUCCUCUCUCCUCCUCUCAGUUGGCUCUGUGACUCCUUGCCGGGACGGUAUAACAGUAGCUUACAGAGCAGGGACCGGUGGUGGAUGGGGAAGGUCAGUAGCCGCAUCAGCAGCAGCAGUCGGGCGCACCGACCGAAGCAUGCUCCAGCGCAGCCAUGACUUGCUCGGCGUCAGAUAGCGAGAAGAUCGUGAUCAACUGCGGCGGGAUCCGACACGAGACCUACCGGAGCACCCUGAAGACGCUGCCGGGGACGCGCUUGUCUUGGCUGACCGAACCCGACGCCUACAGCAACUUCGACUACGACCCCAAGUCCGACGAGUUCUUCUUCGACCGCCACCCGGCGACCUUCGCCUUUAUCCUUAACUACUACCGUACCGGCAAGCUCCACUGCCCCAAUGAUGUGUGUGGGCCGCUCUUCGAAGAGGAGCUUGCCUUCUGGGGCAUCGAUGAGACGGACGUGGAGGCGUGCUGCUGGAUGAACUACCGGCAGCACCGCGAUGCCGAGGAAGCCCUGGACAGCUUCGAGCAACCCGAGCCGGACGCACCCGAAGAUGAUCCGGCGCUCACCGGCGGGGCGGACGGCGACCUGAAGCGGCUGUGCAUGCAGGAGGACGGCCGUAGGGCGACGUGGUGGGACGCGUGGCGACCUUUUAUGUGGGCGCUGUUCGAGGAUCCUUACUCCUCCAAAUACGCCCGGUAUGUGGCAUUUGGCUCGCUCUUCUUCAUCCUCCUCUCCAUCUCCACCUUCUGCCUGGAGACCCAUCAAGCCUUCAACACCAUCUACAACAAAACAGAGAACGUCACAAUUGGAAAUGUGACGCAUGAGGAGAUCGUUUAUGAGGUAGUCACAGAUGGCUGGCUGACAUAUGUGGAGGGCGUCUGCGUCAUUUGGUUCACCAUUGAGGUGAUGGCGCGUGUCGUCUUCUGCCCUGACAAGGCAGAGUUCUUCCGCAGCGCCCUUAACAUCAUAGACUUUGUGGCCAUCGUGCCCUUUUACCUAGAGGUGGCGCUGAGUGGCCUCUCCUCCAAAACAGCCAAAGACGUGCUGAGCUUCCUGCGUGUGGUGCGCUUUGUCCGUAUCCUGCGUAUAUUCAAGCUGACUCGCCACUUUGUUGGUUUACGGGUCCUGGGCCACACUCUGCGGGCGAGCACCAAUGAGUUCCUACUGCUCAUCAUCUUCCUGGCGCUGGGCGUCCUCAUCUUUGCUACCAUGAUCUACUAUGCCGAACGUAUCGGUGCCGACCCAGAUGAUCCGACAGCUGCGGCCCACACCAACUUUAAGAAUAUCCCCAUCGGGUUCUGGUGGGCUGUGGUGACCAUGACCACGCUGGGCUACGGGGAUAUGUACCCUGAGACAUGGUCAGGAAUGCUGGUGGGUGCCCUCUGCGCCUUGGCUGGUGUGCUGACCAUCGCCAUGCCUGUGCCCGUCAUCGUCAACAACUUCGGCAUGUACUACUCCCUGGCAAUGGCAAAGCAGAAGCUCCCUAAGAAAAGGAACAAGCACAUCCCCCGAGCGCCACAGCCCGGCAGCCCCAACUACUGCAAGCCAGAUGCCCUGGCCAUGGCAACCGCCUCGCCACACAGGCUGAUGGGUAAUGUGCUUGGGCCAGGCAUGGUGGGAUCAGGCAGCAUGAUGGGUACUGGAGACUGCCCACUGGCACAGGAGGAGAUCAUCGAGAUCAACAGGGCAGAUUCCAAGCAGAAUGGUGAUGCAGCAGCUAAUGCGGCCCUGGCCAAUGAGGACUGCCCCACCAUUGACCAGGUCCUUGGGGACGAGCGUAGCCCGGCCACCGGGGGCCUUGGCUCCACCACCAGCCGCGAGCGCUACCCGCAUGACCGGGCCUGCUUCCUGCUGAGCGCCGGGGAGUUCCAGCGCACGACAGAUGGGAACGUUCGGAAAGUGCUGAGUUUCUAAACCCACUCUCUCUGCAAGAAGAGGAAAACAAUAAACUUUGAAACCGCUGCUCCUCCAUCUCCCCCAACGGGAUUCACUGUAGAGAAGGGAAGGUGAUAGAGAGAAAGAGAAAAAAAGAAGAUUAGUGGCAGAAAUCAUCACCGUUUCUGACACUCUGACCUGAAAAUCGUUAUCAUCCGUGUGACACAUUCAUAUGCAAACUCGCUCACGAUCCCAAUGAAGAAAAUGGUCGAGAUCACAUAUAAGCUAUUUUAAGAUGGGACAGAAAACAUUUCCACCUCUUUUGAACUGAUUUUCAGAGCAAACCACAGCAUGGAUGCUCCCAGCGUAGCGGCCAAAAGGCCUACUGUCAGACUUGGAUUAGAAACCAUGUAACAAAGAUGCCCUCUGUUUUAGUUGUGUUGUUGCAUUACUCUUUAUUUCAAGAAGCUGCAUUUACAAUGUUGAUUUCCAGUGGAUGUACCAUUAUUUUGGCACUCAAAGCACUAUGCAAGGUGAGGGGUGGUCCAUUGCGAUGUCUAAUGGCUCUGGCAGAUCCAGCGUUGGCGCUGGGCUGCCCAGGCUGGGCUGCCCUGCUGAUCUCUGCUGAGCUACAGGACUCUAACGGCAGCCUGAAAUCUACUCAUACAUAUCAGAAAACAUCAGCCAUAUCACAUGUAUAUUGACAUGAUCCUGGUCAAUCUUCCAGGAGCCAGUUGACAUCUUGGGACUGAGAUCUCAGCAAAUCUCAAAGAGACCGUUUUCAUCCACCUGGUGAUGGAAUUAACCCAAAGACAGACACAUGGAUGGACGUACCAGAUGGGGUGAACAGAAGCCCUCACAGACAAGAGUAACAUCUGCUAAAGAAAAGGAGGUGUCACUGAAAAGGAAGAUUUGAUUGACCAGCUUUCUCUCUUUCUCACUCUCUCUUUCCCUCUCGAGUGUUUACGGUAUCUCGACCGCCCCCCUCCCUGCAUCUCAGCAUCGCUGCUGCUCCAUCUUUUUAACAAAACUGCAUGGCAUGAAUGAAACCAAUUAACACCCGAUGAAAGACAGUCAAAGACACAAUGAAUGGAUUAAAAAAAAGGGGGAGAGAGAACAGAAAGAGUCUAUGAGAGAGACUAAAGAUUUUCUUUUUUCCACGCAGCAAUGUCAAUGCAAAGUCAUCAUCAUCCAAGCUACUUUUAACCCCCCAAAAUGGCUGCAGAACAGCAUCUCCUGCAGCGAACUGCUCUCUCAGAAGGCAUAAUUGAGGAGGAGGCGCUCCCUCCCCCUCUGAGGUAAAGAGGGAGGGUGGAAGGAGAUUCUGCAGACCAUACACUCUAUAUUUCUGGGGCUGUGGGUCAAGAAGAUAGAGGCAUUUUAAAGAAAGCAGGUAUUCAGCAGGAGCGGGAGAACAUCUUUGAGAAACUAUUUUAGGGACAAAAAAAAUGGCAACCAUUGCAAAUAAGAAAUGCAUUUUUACCAGCAUGAAUAUUCUGCAUGACUUCUGCAAGCCAUUCUGAUCUCCCCCAUGAAUAACAGGGCUAGCAAUUGAGAAUUUAAACAUGAAAAUUUAACAAAGAUUAUGUUAUAUGCAACCAAUUAAAAAAUCUAGGAUUGUGUUUCAAAAAAGAUUUCCUCAAUUUUAUUUUUAAUGAUAAAACACAAAUAAGAAAAAAAGGGUUGCUACUUUUACCCUGUUUUGUUUUCUCUAAGAAAUCUUAGGAGACCCCAACCCCCCCAACCCACUAAAAUCCACGAAGACUUCUCCCAACUUCUGAAACUAUUUAUUCUGCUACUACAGGUUUGUCUACUACUACUUCAACUUCUCACCUGGCUGCUACUCUGCUUCUUCCUCCACUCAGAGAUGUCAUUGAUUUAGUGUAUUUGAAUUGAAACUGUCUGUUGUCCCAUUCUUUGGAACUUUUUCUUGACCUUGAUCUCCAAGGCAACGUCACACUUUGCAGUCGGGAAUCAAGGAUAGGUCAGGAAAGGUACAGGUGAAGUUGGAAUGAUCCAGGCAGCGCUGAAUAGGUACAAGGUGACUGCCUCAUCAUCCAGGCAAGUUAUUCCACUAUCUUAGAUUUAUUUCUGAGGAGAAUGUAUGGUUUCGUUUGCCCAAAGAGCAAUUGCUUUUUUAUAAUUUGCUUUUAGAGUCCCUUCGGUGUUAUCAUUUAGGGUUAGGGGUUGGAAUUAAUUCAUGUUUUAUGGGGUUAGGGUUGAAAUUAUGAAUUUAAACAAUAUGUACCACUGAAAUAUCAACAAACACAGGGCCAGGAUUUCAGAAAUACCAAAGUCUAAAUCCCCUCAACUCAACCAUACCCACCUAAAACAUUUGUAGGCAACAACAUUCUGUGAGAUUUUCAGCCAUUCUAAAAAAAGAGACAAAGCCCACAUUUUAUGUAGCCUAUCAUUUAACUUUUUGUAAUUAAAAUAAAAUUAAAUGUUACAGCAAAACAUUAUUGUCUGAUGUUGGGUAAAAUAAUGUGUUUUUUGUCUGAAAACAAUCGAAAACAAAAACAAAUGACCCCACGCAAUAUAUACAGACAAACUUUUUAUCUGCAUGUAUUUUGCCUGAUGAAGGUCUGAAGAUGAUACCUUGUGUUCAUAAAGUGAGUUAGACAGUGAACAGGAUUUUCUUUGGUUUUGAGGGAAGUUUUUGAUCCUGCACACUUGCCACUAAGACUUUAUUGGUGUGCAAGAACGUUGUUGAAAUUAUAGCCUAAAAAAAAAAAUUCUAAUUUAGACAAAAAAUAUCAGAAUCAGCCUCAUAAAAAUACAUGUGUAAUCAUAGACUGUAAACUAAUUUCAUCAUUUUAUGUCAAAUACAAACAACAUGACCUCUGUGGUCUCAAUGGUAGCCAUGGACCUGACCAAAGGAAAGACAAUAUGUGGUUCAAUAGUUCAAGGGCUUCAUGGCUUCAUUCAUCCCACUUCAAAACACAACAAAAAAAUGAAAGUGUAGCUUUUUCAUGGUGCUUUACCAAAUCUGCCCUUUCACUCUGUCAGAGAAUCACAUAGAGCAAUUAACUUGUGUAUUGAAGGGGAUUGAUGAUUUAUAAAACCUACUUGAGUAAGCUAGAAUGUAGCCACAAUAUUCCUCAGUUAAAGCUCCCAUAUUGUUCAAGUUUUCAUGCUUUUGUUUUCAAAAUAGCGCAGGAAAAUAAUUACGGUUCUCUGGUGUUGCCUGAAAGUGUAGCUAAAUUUGAUGUGUAUUUAUUUACAGACAUCAUUACAAUAUUCAAAUCUUCAUGGCUGAUUGUACCAACUUUACUGAUAAGCUAAAUUGACACAAUGUGCUUAAAAAAAUCACAACUUCUCAUAUCAUGUUCAAAACUCAGUUAAAUUGGAUCCUUAAAAGAGACUAUUCUUAUAAAUAAAGGUCUAGCCUAGUAAUCAUCAAAGCCAAACUCUUCAAAUUCAGUAAAACAUUUUUUUUUAUAUAACAAACUGUCCCAGAACACGUAUAUGCCAAUUGGUGACAUUAUUUAGUAGCGUAACUUGUUCUAAAAACAAUAUAUGGUAUGCCCAGCUAAAAAAUUUAGUAACUCUGCAAUAAACCUGUAGAUGAGGGAGAGAAAACUGAACAAAGACAGCCCAAGGUAUGACCUGUAGAGUGGAGGCUUUCCAGUUUAUUAUCCUUAAAAGUGACCCUAUUGGAAAGACUUUAGUUGGUUGGUGAGGUAUUACGCAAUAACUCCAAACAAAGUCUCAUUUAAACACUGUGGUCCUACACAGGGUGCUCUAACACUAAAAUAUGUUGGGUCUGUCACCUGCUAACCUGGUGAGACAACAUAAGAGCAGAAGAGGCAUACAUGUACCGUGUACAACUCAUUUAUCAGACCACCAUUAAUGGAUUAUGAGCAGCUCCUGAUGGUGGGGGUUCCCCUAUGGUGAGAGGCAGCCAUCUUGGCUCUAUGUGUUCAAACAGGGUUGGCCAAGUACCCCUAUCACCAGAAACAGUAGAAGCAAGAUGUUCUGACUGCUAGACUAGAUAAACAGGGGAAUACGCAGAAAGAUGGAAAUACCUUUAAAUGUGGCAGAAGCACUUUGGGUGGACUGAAAGCUAGCAGGUAGCCUUCUUGACAGAUGUGUUAAAAAAAAAAAAAGCUGUGUUCUGGUACUUUUCAUUUGUCUUGUCAUGUCUUUAUUAUGCAUCUCAUGUGAGCAUAAUUGUUAAUUUGUUAUGCUGUUUUAUUUAUUUCAAUUGCUCUGUAUUUAUUGGUAUUUGUUUAUGAGACCAUGUCGGACCACCACUUGGGCAAAAUUGUUUGAAACUUUUUGGCAUGGAUGGAUUACUGAACAGGCCUACCAGGGAUAGGGGUGCCCUGGGUGAGAUCCUCUGUUUAAAGUGACUGACCAAUUUCUUUAUGAAAAGUUAAUCAACUACAAAACGACCUCAAAGAGACUCAAAGUGACUUCAAAGAGAAGUAAAACAACUACAAAGAGACUGAAAACUACUACAAGGAGACUCAAAACUACUGCAAAGACACACAAAACAACUACAAAGAGACUCAAAAUGACUACAAAGAGAAGCAAUGCGAGUACAAAAAGUACCCAAAAUGGGCCCAUUUUUUCAUAAUCCAUCCAUGUGUGUAGGUUUUUCAUUUUGUGGCUGACAUACAGUAGGGCUAUGACAAACAUCAAACCAAAAAUAUUCCCUUGUUCCUAUUUAAAAAUUAUUUAAUGCUAACAAGUAACAGAAAACAAAAAUUUGAUGAUAAAUGUCCAGCUAUUUGCAGACAAAUCUGCACACUCCUGUUGUCACUGCUUUUGCCAAACUCACCAGCCAGAGAAGUGCAGCAGAAUAAGGGCUAUCAAGCUAAACGAGUCUACCCUUGGUAUUUGUGGAUUGGACGCUCUCAAAAUGUGGUCAUAUGUACCAUGGUGUUUUAAAUAAUUGUCACAUUGCUGGGGUGCUAAGGGAGAACAUUAAGAACUUAAGACCUACAUUCUUUGUAUAGAUAUGAAUUAUUGACCCCUAAAUCUCAUCUGAAUUAUCCAUGUAUGCAAGAUGUGCCUGGUCUGCUACUUUAUUUAGUUCAACUAAGAUAGAUUUUGGUUCAUAUGGGCAGUAAAACCUUUCUUUAGCUUUGAUUAUCUUCACAUUAUUAUUGAGCACAGCAAAAAAAGUCCUUUGCGCACUUGAUAAAAUGCAGAUUUGGACAGUACUAGGUACUGACAGUCAAGCUGCAGUCCAUACAGUAUUUGUUAUUUCAUUGUCAAAUGCAGUGUAUGAAAAUCAGAUAUCAUAUUUUGAGGAUUAAUAAGCAUUAUACAUUGUAGCUUUUACAGCGUAUGCAGCCACGCUAACUGAACCCGAUAACUUGAACAGCCCCUGGCUGGUUAAAUAUGAAGUUUGGUUUGCACCAUGUUGUGCAUUGUGGGGACCAAAAAGGUUUGGUAUCCAUACUCUGUUCAAAAUUACUGUAUGUCGUCACAGCAGAAAAAAAUCAUUGUAACAUUUUCAGACAUACACACAAUUCUCUGUAUCAUUCUGGGGGAGUCUUAACAAAUAACAGGGAGCCAAAAAUCAAAUAGAAAAAAAGGGCGUUUCUCAGGAAUACACUGUUUCAAGAAUCUGAGCGAUAGAAUGUUGUUGUUGAGAUGUUAUGAUGCUGCAGUAUGUUUUUUCAGGAAAACUUAAAGUUUCAAAUAAUAGUUUCAAAUUAACAUGAUGAUCAUUUCAAUGGAUACCGACAACGCUACUUAAAGCCUGGAAGUAUAUUUUUCUGUCCUUUUAGUCUAAACUGUGUCCAAAUGUCCUUCCACAAUGCACUAGAUCUCAUUGCUUCCAGGUUAUUCUUUUUGUAUGUGGUACUGUGAAAGGAAUUGGUUCUGAUAUUUUACAUCACUUGUCUUCCUAAAGGUAUAUAAGUACAGCAUCAGAACUGUCAAAAAUAAUAAUAGCCUACAAUGUACUGUACUGUAGCUAUACCAAGAUGAACGCAACUUCUUUCCGUCAUUACUUUUGUUGGUUUAUAUUGCUUUCAGCAUUUUUUUAUUUGUUAACACUGUAGUUUUUGGUUUACAUGUCAUAUAUUUUGUAUUUGUAACACAUGCAAUUAUGAUGAAUUAUGAUCACGAAGAUUAUAACAAUGGAUCGAUAAAAUGCUUUUGUAUUCAAGCAUGUAAUGAACAUAAAGAUAGCCUAUGCACGCACCAGUUGGGCUAAAGGCUUCAUGUCAUUGGGAUGUUGGAGAACAACUGGUUUUGUGUCUCAAAUGGGGUUUGGGAGGUUUAGGCAGGGGUUGCAAAUGUUGCCAUUAUAUAUAACUUAGAAAGAAGACUUUUAACCUGGUUAUAAUACCAUACAAUAGCACCAUACAAUGAGACUAAACCCUUACUGUAGAUGUAAAACACAAAGGUUUUCUAGCAAUAAUUGAGUAUGUGAUUGAGCCAUCAACAUUGAUAGACAAUAUUGCUGAUCAGAAUUGCCCAUGCAUUUGUGUAGCGCUACCUAGAGGCUGUGCAAGUGAGGGGUUUUGCAAAAACAAAUGCAAUUGAAGGUUCUCAAAUGUAUUGAAGCAUUAAAUAAUAGUCUGCUGAUAUUGAUGUAGUCCCUAGUAUGGGUCAAGCUCCAAAAAGGCAGGAUCCUACCAUUCCCAAAAUGCAGUGUAAUAGUGUUUGGCAUCGUUCAAAUUCCAUGCUAGCAGUUUGCAACGUAGGCUAACUUAACAGCAGUCAUUCUCAGACAUUUUGGUGUAAUGAAGAUUAAUUUCUGGAAGACUAAAUUGAUUGGUUAACACCUCACAGAAACACUGAUCAUCUAACCAGAAACUCUCCUUGGGACAAAGGUCUUGCAGUGUGUCUAGGUGCUGCAAAUUAUCAUUAUUUCAAACAAAUUGCAACAAUGGUUUUAUUGACAUUGAAAGGUUGAAAAAUAUUGAAUCCUCUGACCUUUGUUGCUCAGUUUGAGAACUCUUAGCUGUCUCUAAUGUCUUGUUUAAUACUCUUAAAAAAAGUAUGGAAAAGAAAUGCUUCAAAGGUUCAUGGGAUAUGAAUACACUCCUGCAUCUCACUCUUCUCCCUCCAUACAUUUCCUAAGGCAUGUUGCUUCAGAAACCAACCUGAAUAAAUCAUAAUAGAAACCUGUAGGGCAAUAGGAGAAGAAGAAGAAGAAGAAGAAGAAGAAGAAGAAGAAGAAGAAGAAGAAGAAGAAGAAGAAGAAGAAGAAGAAGAAGUGAUGGCUGUGCAGUUCUAGAAAGACAAAUAGAAACCUUGAUUAUUCCACUGCAGUGUAGUGGGACAGAGCAAUAAUGGUAAAAGGCGUCUUUAGGAUUUUGGUUAUGUGUGCGUACGAGUGUGUUUGUCUAUAUAAAUGACUCUGUGUAAGAAAGGAAGCAUGUUGUGCAAACUGAGCUAAGCCACACCCCUGUGAGCAGACUGACAGCUGAGCUGACUAAUAGUGCAACUUUACUUGAAACCCAGUUGAAGCCAAACAUAUCAGGACAAGAUGCAGAGAAGCGGCUCUGCCCACUGUCACACCCCCAUCUUCCUUUAAUGCUGAUUGGAGUUUUAAGGGCCUAUAUACAAGUAGUAUAGUAGUAGAAGGAGCCAGGAGCAACCUGAUUGGUGGGUGGUGAAUCAAACGGGGCAGAAAUGGUUUUUGCACAGCUUUCUGUGGGUUAAAACUUCCAGAAGUGUUGUAUGUCUGGCCACACCCCCAUCAGUGAUGUCACAGUGGGUGCUUUUCCUUUGAGAAAAAAGCCCCUCUGGUUUUCUUUCAGUUAGUAGCAAGUUGGGCUCUAAAACUCCAGUCUGUUUCUUGCAAUUACUUCUCCUCCUCUCCAUCUCAUGCUCUUCACCUCUCCCCUCUCUCUCUGUCUUCUCUUCCUCCCCCCCCCCCUCCUCCUUCAGUUAUUUUGAGGAAGAAGCUUCCUUUUGCAUCCCUUGUUCUUGUGUUUUUCUAUCCUAUUUUUUUGGAGAUGAAUUCUAAAUGCAUGCAUGGGAAACUUUAAAAUGAUGACUUUAACUUAAUUGUGAAUGGCCAUGUGAAGGGACAGCCGGAGGGAAGCCUCUCCUCCAUGGAAAAAAAAGCAAAGGUUUUCGUCUUCCCCUCAUCUUUCCUCUGUCAAGAUAGAAGAUAAAGUUAAGGACACAAACAAAAAAAUCUCCUUGCUUUUUAUUUUUAUUUUUGUGCUUCUUUUUAUGCAGGCAUGGGCAUUUUUCACUUUUCACACAGCAGCAAACUGUGAUGUGAUCACUUUCUGAAGGCAAACAGGCUCAGUUUCAUGAGUCCAAUCAUGGUUUUUCAGUAGCUUCUCAGCACCAGUGUCAAGGUUUGGGAAAUCAGUUUUUUAUUUUUCUGUUUUUCUUUACUUUUGACACUGCUUUUAUAACUUUUCACUGAAUCAUGAAUGCGGAAAACUUUGUCAUUGUCUCUCUACCUGUCUGUUCAGGUUCAUUUAUUCACUCAUUUUAGGUUUUUCAUACUUAUCGUGUGCUCAUUUUGCUGUGCCUUCUCUAAGUCCCAUUUAUUUCUGUUUUUCAUAAACUGAAAAAUACACAAUGCUCUAAGUCCAGAUGAGGCUAUUUGGGCUUAGGUAUACACUGUGAGGUCCAUGUCACUGUUGACUGAUUCAUUGAUUAGUCAGUUGAUCAAUUAAAUAGUUGAUGGACCCACAACAGGGAUGAGUAGUUGCUAUGUGUCCACUGGAAAGAGGCAGAGAAAAAAAAGAAGGUGACAGUGAGGCGAGAGGCUUCCUUCCGUUAAUGAAUGGGUUUAUGCUAUACAGACUGAUGCUGGAUAUAAUUUUAUUGUCACUACACUGGAGAAAGAAAAAUAAAAUAAAAAAGAAUCAAGAACUGUAUAAAAUAUAUUUCAAUGGAAUGUUUAUUAUUUACCUUUUCUAUUUUUGAAACAUGUAAAGAACAAAAAAGGUGAAACUGUAAUAAUUCAACAGCAUUUGUAAAAAAAGAGACAAAAUACAGUUCUGUUGUUAAAUGUAUGAAGGUUUGACUGUGAAUGCUGAUUUACCUGAGCAACUCUUCUCCUUUACUGAUAGGAUAAAUAAAAACCAGAUGAAUAAUAAUAAAAAAAUCACCAAACUACUGGGAAAAAAAGCAAAUCAAUUCAGUUUAAAGAGAAAACCUAGAAAACUUAAUAAAAACAUUAAAAGCUUAUGCCAAAACUUUC